AAAUAUCUCCCUCCUUUCCAUCCCACACUCCCCCCACCGUUUACCGUAUAGACCACAACACGCGAACAACACAAAGACAUCAAUCUCUUGUUGUUGUUGUUGUUGUUUUUCCAGAAUGGACCCUUGUCCUUCAUCGAACACGAACACCGUGAACGGUUUCUACACGUUCGUGAGCCGGGGAAUGGAGGAGCUGGAGCGAGCCUUCCUAGCCAACAACAACUUCAUCUCCGUCCAGUUCCUCCAGAAGGUGGUGUCCCUCCUCCGCUCCCUCCACACCCAGCUCACCCUUCUCGUCCACAAGCUCCAGCUCCCCCUCGGCGACAAGUGGCUCGACGAGUACAUGGACGAGACCUCCAAGCUCUGGGAAACCUCCCACCUCCUUAAGUCCGCCAUCUCCAACUUCGAACCUUUCUACUCACAGGGCUUCAACCUUCUCUCCUCCCUCGACUCAUCCCACCCCCACCUCUCCCCCCAGAUAGUGAGGGCGAUAUCAGGGUGUAGAAGAGAGGCUUUGGGAUUGGAGGAGCAGAACCGUGCUCUGAUGGAGACUCGGAUCCACACGCUGUGUCUGCGUUUAGACGAGAGGGUGUCCGUGGAGUCUAAGCUGAACGGCUUCAACGGCUUCAGGGGAGUUCUCUACGCAAUGAGGAACGUGAGUUCGAUGCUUUUAAUGAUCCUGCUGCACGGUUUGGUCUACUGCUGGCCGGAAACCUCGGAGUUGGUCGCCGGAGGGUACGAGGGAGGGAGGAUGUUUCUGGGGUCGGCGGUGAUGGUAUCGGCGGCGAGACUGAGGCAGCGGGUGGCGGUGGAGAUGCGCGGCGCGGCGGGGCCGGGGAUUUUGCUGUACGAGUUUAGGAGGGCUAGGGUGGCUGUGGAGGAGCUGAGAGGGGAAUUGGAGGAAGCCGAAGGUGGUGUUAGGGAGAGAGUGGAGAGUGUUAGAGUGUGUUUUGGGGUGCUUAGAUCUGGAGCUGAGAACAUUGUUUGCCAGCUUGAUGAUUUCUUUGAUGAGAUUGUGGAGGGGAGGAAGAAGCUUUUGGAUUUUUGCAGUCAUAGGUAAAAAAAAAAAAUGAUGGUAAAUAGUUUUUAGAAGUUAAAAUAAAAAAAAAAGAAAAGAAAAGAAGAAUGCGCUCAUUUCUUGUUUGCUCGAUUAAUUAAAGAGGGGCAUGUGGUUGAAAAAAAUGAAAGGUAGAAAAUGGUUUUUGCUUUGUUGUUCGGUUUUUUUUUUUUUUGUUCACUUUUUAAUUGAAGAGCUAGAAAUGAAACAGAUGAUUUGUUUGGAUCUUGUUUAAGGUUUUGUUAAUUACGGGUAAACUCGAUUGAUUGAUGAGAUGAGAGGAUGAAACCGCAAUUGCGGUUAGAAGGGAAUUGCUGACUGAUAAUAUGUUUUCUAAAGCUAAGAUGUUGAGAGGUUGACCUAAGUUUGAAAUUUUGUGUAAGUAAACGAAGAGGGUGUUAUUGUUAAAGAAACAAAUGGGUGACCCCAAAAAUGUGAAACAGAAAAGGAGUAACUAAAGAUCAGUUAUUCACUUCUCAGUUGCUGAAGAUUGUUGUGCCUUUUUAAUAUUUUCAAUUAUUUGAAGCAUAUAAUGCCAAUUUGGUGGA